AUGAGAAUUUCGCUCGCUGAAUGUUUGGCCGAAGCAGUGCAAGAACUGGGUACUUUCUAUUUGGCCGAAGAAUUAGUUACAAGCACAUUCCUGGAUUGGGUGGAAAAAUUCCCAGCACAAUUGGUCGUUGUUGCCAUACAGAUUAUUUGGACGCAGUCCAUUGACAAGGCACUGAAUGUAAUUGAACAGGAUGAACUCCAUGAUCAGGCGCCAAUGAAAAAGUCCCUCGAUUACGUAUUACGAGCAUUGGAUGUGUUGGCCGACACUGUGCUUCAGGAUUUGCCUCCUACUAAACGUAAAAAAUGCGAACACUUGAUCACCGAACUUGUACACCAACGUGACCUUCUUCGUCAAUUAAUCAAUAACAAGAUUUCCUCACCAAAAAACUUUGAAUGGCUUUAUCAGAUGAGAUUCUACUUUAAUGCCAGCCAAGAGGAUCCAUUAAAACGCCUAACCAUUAAUAUGGCAAACGCGCAAUUUUAUUAUGGCUAUGAGUAUCUCGGUGUUCCAGAUCGCCUAGUGCAGACACCUCUUACUGAUAG